GUUUCAAAGUAAUGUCCGUAUUGAUCAUCGUGCUACUUCAACAUAUUUUUCUUGUUUCGUCUUUAUCACGACAAAAACGUUGUAUAGUGAUCCAGAAGCAAUCAGGCACUCAUGGUGACAGUUCUGAGGGUGAGGAAGACAGAGACGUUGAGCCGCGUAGGCCGGAGAAACGGAGCGACGACAGAUAUGACAGGAGGAACGCUGAGAAAAUGCCUCCAGAUUCAGAAUUCCUGCGAUACAAGAUUAGUCCAAUGAAGAAACUGGACGAUAUUAUGCGAUAUAAAAACAAAUUAACAUCGUUGAAAAAUCGAUUUGUUUAAAAUAUAGGUACAUUUUUUUUAUUAAUUGGAUAUUAUUUUCUAUUAUAAGCUAAAUUUUAAGAAUUUUCCAGUAUCGACUGUUAAACGUAACUUUACUGUUGUAGUUUUCA